AUGUUACUGACGUUCGAGGCCUUCCCUCUCAGCGUCCUUCAUAAUGAUGAAUGUGAUGACAAUACUGAUGCAAAAAGUGAUAGUUUGGAGACAAUUGAUGAUACGCCAGAAAAAGCUCAUGGAUUUAUAUGCAGAAUUGUGGAAAAUGCUUCUCGUAGUAGCUUUCGGAUGGGUUUAGUAUGUAUUCCAAGCUUUGUGUACUCUUCGUGUUCGAUACCUACCAAAGAAAAGAUAUAUAUUAUUCUGCCCAAGGCCACCUUACGCUAUGUAGAUGGACACACAGGAAGUACGGGACCUGAGUCCGAUGUGGCUUGAGCCCCCAGGUCAAAGCGCGGGGUGAGGGGAGGGAAUCUUGAGAAAAUGAGACCAUUUUGCGUCCCCAGAUGUUUCUCGCGGGCACCGGGACGGGAAAAGUCAACUGUCCCACGAAAUUUCGGACGUAUAGUAACGUUACAUAGGCCACCUAGGCUGUGAGAUACUUUAUGAAUUAU